AAUUGACAUAUCCUGUAAUUUUAUGAAAAUUAACGAUGGCAGUUAAAGAGAAACAAACAGACGCUUCUGUCGAUGAAAUAGACUGGAAUGUUGAAAAUGAAAUUCAAUUAUUCUUUGCUAUGAAUGGACAUAAACCUGUUGGUAUUAAUAAAUAUUUUCAUAUGGUCUGCAUAUGGGAAAAAUUUCGUGCUGCCAUUCACAAGGAUGUGUCAUUAAAAAUAAUUUGGGAACAUUUGGAAUCAAUGUAUGAUCUAAUGGCUCUGGAUGAUAUGGAGGAUUUACCAUUUCCUAGUCAAGAGAUAGAUUUCUCUUUACCAGAAGAAUUUUUGGGACCUCUUAAAUCUCGAAAAAGAGAGGAACCAGAAUUAAAGCUGAAAGAACAAAGGGAAAAAUUUAAGGAGCUUAAGAAAGAUAAAGAAAUUAAAGAUCCUACGAAAAAAGAAACUGUUCUUCGUGACCUUAAAGGAAGUAAAGACAUUGAUAAAAAAAAAGAAGAAUUUAAAAAAUAUGUAAAGGAUAUAGAAUUAAAAAAGGAUAAGCUUAGAGAAAUAAAAGAUGUUAGGAAAGAAUACAAAUCUUCUAAGGGCCGGUCAAAGGGAAAGGACGAUCUUGAAGAAACUGCUUCAAAUGGCAAAAAGGAACGUAAGGACUCUGAUUCUGGUCGUGAAAGUUUGAAAAGAGGUACAAAACGACCAACUAGGCAAAGUAUGGAUAGUACAUCUAAAGCAUCUUCCAGUCCACGUGAUACACCUCCACCAAAACGAAGAAGGAUAUAACAAUUUGUAUAAAAUUAUUUUACUUGUACCUUAUAUUGUGUAUAAAUAUUGCAUUUUAACGUAUGAAGAAAAUGUGAAUCAUGUAUUUUUCUAUAUAUGAAUUGCAUUAGGUCUUAAAAGAGACUAUCUUGAAAUCCAAUUUUAUAACAAGAACGUAAAUUAAAUCACUGUAAAUAUAACAUAUUCUGUAAUCAAUACAAGAGAAGAAAGUAUUAAAUGUAUGAAAACUUAUGUACAUAUAAUUUUUUCAUAAAAUACACGAGCAUAUUAAUUAGAACCAAUACGAUUUAUUAAAUAACUUGCUGUUUGCAACAUCACAUUUGUAGAAUCAAAUAUGUGAAAGUGUGAAAAAUAAUACAAAAUUAAAUAUUCAAUCAAAUAUUAGCCAGUAUUUAUUACAAAAAUUGGAAACAUCUUCAUUGACAGUGAUUUUUUGAAACAAGGCGGCUCGUGCUAUUGGAGUAGUUGGAUCGUCCCAAUUUUGUUGAUGGAAUGAAUUGUAUCGUUUGAGUCCAGACACUGUUGGUGACUUUCACGUGCUGGCAAUUCAUUUUCCUUAUGUGCUUAUCGAAGUCUUCUUGCUUCACGUUCAGAUUCCAGCAAGGUUAAUAAAUCACCUUCUCGUACAGGGCCUUUCACGUUUCGGAUAAUUUGACGAUUUUGCUCACCAAGAAAUUCAACUUUUACUUGCGUACAUUGCCCUUGUGAGCCAGUUCUUCCUAGGACUUUUAUGACACGAGCCAAAACCACUGGUUUAUCCAUGAUUCUCUCACGUGGCUUUCAUGCGAUACCGAAGAGAGGUUUCACGCAAA